AUGAUGAUGGGGGAGGAUGUUGAGGGUGGGAGCUUGGGUUCAUACCAAGAGAGGCCAAGGACUUUCCCCAAUAUGCGUAACAAAGCUUAUACCCCACUGAUCUUUCGGAUCCUCAUGGGGAUUAAUGUCCGUGUUCUGUUUAUACUUCUAUUAUUGACUAUGGGGCUGAUUUUUUACAUUGGAGCAUGCACUUCUGGAAUUAUUGUGUUUGUAUUCACAGUUUGCAUCAUCAGCUUCCUUAUGUCAGUAUAUCUUACUAAGUGGGUCCUCGCAAAGGAUGAAGGGCCUCCUGAAAUGGCUCAGAUAUCAGAUGCCAUACGCGAUGGAGCUGAAGGUUUCUUCAGGACACAGUAUGGAACUAUAUCGAAGAUGGCGAUACUACUUGCUAUGGUGAUCCUCUGCAUAUACUUGUUCCGUAGUACAACUCCUGAACAGGAAGCUUCUGGCGUAGGGAGGUCAGUAACUGCAUUCAUCACUGUUGUUUCGUUCCUCUUAGGAGCACUUUGUUCAGGUGCUGCGGGUUAUGUUGGAAUGUGGGUGUCAGUUCGUGCAAAUGUUAGGGUCUCUAGUGCUGCAAGACGGUCAGCAAGGGAGGCACUGCAGAUUGCUGUUCGUGCUGGUGGGUUUUCUGCGAUGGUGGUUGUUGGAAUGGCCGUUAUUGGAAUAGCCAUCCUUUAUGCCACAUUCUAUGUCUGGUUGGGAGUGGAUACCCCUGGGUCAAUGAAGGUCACAGAAUUGCCUCUUCUGCUUGUUGGAUAUGGUUUUGGAGCCUCCUUUGUCGCUCUCUUUGCCCAACUAGGCGGUGGAAUAUUCACAAAGGCUGCUGACGUUGGCGCUGACCUUGUUGGAAAAGUGGAGCGUGGAAUUCCUGAAGAUGAUCCUAGAAACCCUGCAGUCAUUGCAGAUCUGGUUGGAGAUAAUGUUGGUGAUUGUGCUGCUCGUGGAGCCGAUCUGUUUGAAAGUAUAGCAGCUGAAAUAAUUAGUGCCAUGAUACUUGGUGGGACAAUGUCAAAACGUUGCAAAUUAGAAGAUCCAUCUGGCUUCAUCUUAUUUCCUCUCGUUGUUCAUUCAUUUGAUCUGGUUAUAUCUUCAAUUGGAGUACUCUCAAUUAGGGGUACACGCAAUGCUAGUGUGAAGUCUCCUAUGGAGGAUCCGAUGGCAAUCCUUCAGAAAGGAUACUCUAUUACGAUAGUUUUGGCUGUCCUGACAUUUGGUGCGUCAACCCGUUGGAUGCUUUAUACAGAACAAGCACCUUCAGCAUGGUUUAACUUUGCCUUGUGUGGGCUGGUUGGCAUUAUGACUGCCUAUGCUUUUGUCUGGAUCACCAAGUACUAUACUGACUACAAAUAUGAGCCCGUACGCUCCUUAGCUCUUGCUAGUUCCACAGGUCAUGGAACUAACAUAAUUGCAGGAGUUAGUUUGGGCCUGGAAUCAACAGCUCUUCCUGUUCUUGUCAUCAGCGUAGCAAUUGUUUCCGCCUUUUGGCUUGGUCAGACCUCAGGUUUGGUGGAUGAAUCUGGGAACCCUAUUGGUGGAUUGUUCGGUACAGCUGUGGCAACGAUGGGAAUGCUCAGCACUGCUGGAUAUGUUCUAACCAUGGAUAUGUUUGGCCCUAUAGCUGAUAAUGCUGGUGGAAUCGUGGAGAUGAGCCAGCAGCCAGAAAGUGUGAGAGAGAUCACUGAUCUGCUCGAUGCUGUUGGAAAUACGACAAAAGCCACAACAAAAGGAUUUGCCAUCGGAUCAGCUGCACUUGCUUCUUUCCUCUUGUUUAGUGCUUAUAUGGAUGAGGUUUCUACUUUCUCCCAAGAGGCUUUGACUCAGGUUGACAUUGCCAUUCCAGAAGUUUUUGUUGGAGGGUUGUUAGGGUCGAUGCUUAUUUUCUUGUUCAGUGCAUGGGCUUGCUCAGCAGUUGGCCGAACAGCUCAGGAGGUUGUUAAUGAAGUCAGAAGGCAAUUCAUUGAGAGGCCAGGAAUCAUGGAGUACAAGGAGAAGCCAGAUUACGGUCGCUGCGUCGCAAUCGUGGCAUCUGCAUCUCUGAGAGAAAUGAUAAAACCUGGUGCUUUGGCUAUUAUAUCUCCUAUGGUAGUUGGUGUUGUGUUCCGGAUCCUGGGGUAUUACACAGGACAACCACUUCUGGGAGCUAAAGUCGUGGCUGCAAUGCUGAUGUUUGCAACGGUGUCCGGUAUUCUCAUGGCUCUGUUCCUCAACACAGCUGGUGGCGCAUGGGACAACGCUAAGAAGUACAUCGAGACCGGAGUUCUUGGAGGCAAAGGGAGUGAGUGUCACAAAGCCGCAGUCACAGGGGACACCGUCGGAGAUCCUUUCAAAGAUACAGCGGGGCCAUCUCUUCACGUCCUCAUAAAAAUGCUGGCGACGAUCACCCUGGUCAUGGCUCCCAUCUUUCUGUGA